CCAUUCCUCAAACCAACACAACAACAACAACAACAAAACAAUCACCAAGAUUCCUUUGCUUGUCUAAUAACUCACCACUUUUGAACCUUUAUUCAGUAAACCAAAAACAAUGGCUCCUGAUAUAGCAACUGCUGCAGCCAACAUCAAUGACGCUCAAGCUAAGGCUUCAAAACGCGCCUUUGUUACCUUCCUUGCCGGAAACGGAGACUACGUCAAAGGUGUUGUUGGUUUAGUCAAAGGUCUUCGUAAAGUCAAAACCAUUUACCCUCUAGUGGUUGCAGUGUUACCUGAUGUUCCUCAGGAGCACCGGAAUAUUUUAACUUCUCAAGGUUGUAUUGUUAGAGAGAUUCAACCUGUUUACCCUCCUGAGAAUCAGACUCAGUUUGCUAUGGCUUAUUAUGUCAUCAACUACUCCAAGCUUCGUAUUUGGGCUUUUGAGGAAUAUGACAAGAUGAUUUACCUUGACGGUGACAUACAAGUAUUUGAAAACAUUGACCAUUUAUUUGACCUCCCUAAUGACUAUUUCUACGCGGUGAUGGAUUGUUUUUGUGAGGCUACUUGGGGACACACCAAGCAGUAUGAAAUCGGUUACUGUCAGCAGUGUCCUGAUAAGGUUCAAUGGCCCACUAAUUUUGGUGCCAAGCCUCCACUCUACUUCAACGCUGGUUUUUUUGUUUAUGAACCUAAUAUGGCUACUUACCAUGAUCUUCUUCAAAAACUUAAACUCACAAAGCCAACUUCCUUUGCUGAACAGGAUUAUUUGAACAUGUACUUCAAGGACAAGUAUAAGCCUAUACCAAAUAUUUACAAUCUUGUGCUGGCUAUGCUCUGGCGUCACCCUGAGAAUGUUGAACUUGAGAAAGUCAAAGUGGUUCAUUACUGUGCCGCUGGGUCUAAGCCAUGGAGGUACACAGGGGUGGAGGAGAAUAUGGAAAGAGAAGAUAUAAAGAUGUUGGUGAAGAAAUGGUGGGAUAUAUAUGAAGACGAGAGUUUGGAUUACAAGGAACCCGUGAAUGCGAAUCGCUUAACAUCAGCACUUUUGGAAGCUCCUGGUAUCAACUUUGUUCCAGCUCCAUCAGCCGCUUGAUUAAAGUGCUUUCCUUAUCAAUCAACCGCAUAUAUAUAUAUAUGAUCUUCUGGGGAUAUUUAACUAGGAGGAUCAAACAUAAUCAAGCUUUAUAUUUUGUAAUAAUUAGGAGGGCCUUCUUUUUACGAAUUUUAGAAUAUGUCUUUUUAUUUGUAUGUAUUUUUUGUCUUCAUCUUUUUCUUUAUCUGUAAUAUAAAGGAUAUAUCACCGCUGUUACGGUUGGAGUUUGCACACCCAAAACCCUACAUUAGCACCCUUCCUACCUAGAGUAUUGGCCAAUAAGGUCAACUUGUACAAAUUAAACAAUGUAUACAAUUAUACAUCAUAUUACUAAUUAAUUUCGGCUCUGUUUCCGUGUUCUA